AUGUCGCAGACGGUCAAAUCCGCCGCGACUAAGGUCGCUCAGGCCGCUUCCUUCAAGAAGUACACGGUGCAGCCCGAAGGCAUCUGGGCGCGCGUUUCCAACAUCCUCGCCGUCGACCCGAAGCGCAGCACCGGCGUGCCGCUGAACCCGCAAUUCCGCAACCCUCCCCCGGGAGCGCUUGAUCCCAACACCUACGAUGACCCGGUGACGAUCCCGGCGGGCGACAUUGCCGACAACCCGUACUGGAAGCGCGACGUGCGCCGCUCGUACCCGCGCCUGGCGACGGUCACGCAGAGCGACGUCGUGGGCCUGUUGAGCGUGGGCAGCGCCGCCAACGAGAAGGUCGAGCUGAUCGGUGAGGCGGGCAAGAACAAGCUCAUCGCCGUGAGCGAGGAGGGCCAGAAGGGCGUCUCUGCUUUCUUCGAGAAGGACACGGCUGCGGUCAAGAGCGUGCUGGGCGAGAACGGCCUGCCGCCGCUGCCGAGCGGUCACCACACGAGCGGAAAGCUGGGCGAGAAGAAGUAUAACCUGCAGGAGGAGCAGUCGUACGAGGGAAACUACCCGUGCAGGACUUUCACGUAG